CAAAACAAAUAUUUUCAAUCAUCUCCAGGUGCUUUCAACAAUCACAGAGUCGACCAAAAUCCAAAAUCAAAUUGUAAAUUGUAAUCGAGAAUGCAUUACCCAAACAACAGACCCGAAUUCGUCGGAGCUCCGGUCUCAGAGCGCGAUUCGACCCGGACCCAGUACCCGUAUCAGCAAGAGCAGUUAUCACCGGAGCAAGAACUCUCAGUUAUAGUCUCCGCCUUGCAACACGUCAUCUCAGGGGAAAAAGAAACGGCGCCGUUUCAGAGUUUCUCCCGCGACAGCACCGUGAUUAGCGCGGGAAUGCCUCGGUCGGAUUCCGACACUUGCCAAGUGUGUAUGAUCGAAGGAUGUCUCGGCUGCAACUACUUUUUCGCGCCAAAUCAGAGAAUUGAAAAUAAACAGCAAGUAGAGGUAGAAGAAAGGAUUACUAGUGACAGUAGUAGAAAAGAGAGCUCCUUGGCCACGACGAAGAAAGCGGAAGGCGGGAAAAUCAGGAAGAGGAAGAACAAGAAGAAUGGCUACAGAGGAGUGAGGCAGAGACCUUGGGGAAAAUUUGCAGCUGAGAUCAGAGAUCCCAAGAGAGCGACACGUGUCUGGCUCGGGACUUUCGAAACAGCUGAGGAUGCGGCUCGAGCCUAUGAUCGGGCCGCUAUUGGAUUCCGUGGGCCACGGGCUAAACUCAACUUCCCGUUUGUGGAUUACACUUCUUCAUCUGUUGCGGCUGAUGAUAUAGGAAAGAGUGCAAGUGCGAGCGUGAGUGGCACGGAUUCUGUCGAAGCAGAGCAAUGGCGUGGAGGAGGAGGAGACUGUGAUAUGGAUGAAUAUUUGAAUAUGAUGAUGAUGAUGGAUUUUGGGAAUGGAAAUUCUUCAGAUUCUGGAAACACCAUUGCUGAUAUGUUCCAGUGAUCAUAUUUGAUUCUUCUCAGAACAAAUUGCCUCUAGUUCUUUCUAGGUUUAGUUACUUACUCUUUCAGGGAAUUUGUUUGAUUCAUAAAGUUGAGCUCUUUCUUGUUGGCGUGUUUUUAUAGUUGAGUGCAAGAAGAGAGUGACACUGGUUUUGGGCUUGCUCAAAAUGAGCAAGAUUCCUGGUUUGAUGUGGCUUUUUGAGUCUUUUCACUUCUAUAUUGGGCAAAGGACAUGUAAUUAGUAGUCUCAAUUCUGUGUUUUUG